AGGUGGUCCCCGGGCGCCGCCUGGGACUGGGGCGACGAACCCGCCACCUUGGCCCCGGCAAUGCUCGCGCCAAGAUAAGACCGCACAUCCCACCACCUCGCACGGGGGCGCACUCGCAGGGGAGGCUCCCCUGGGGAAUGUAGGGCUCACUGCAGGGCUGGGGGCGUCAGGAUCCCGGGCGUUAAAUAGGUCUGCCCACCGCCGGAAUAACUGUUCACCCCGUAUCACGUACCCCUCUCUCCCUCUGCCAUCAUGAUUCUCCUUGGCAGCAGCACUAGCAGCCGCCUGAGGGUGGAGACGUGGGUGAUGGGGAAGUGGGUCGUGACUCCGCUGUUUUUUCUCAUGGCUCCCUCGGGCAACAGCUGUCCGCCCCCGGUAUACACUGUAGUCGAUUGCGGGGAAUCCCUGGACCUCGCCCCUUCCUUCUCUGAUUUUGCACUUCUCUCUUUGCUCACCACCAAGUGUAAUCAAUAACAAGCACUGACAAUACAUAGCAAUAGUGAAAUCUGAAAUAACUAAGAAUUAAUUAGGUACUACAGCCAUGGGUCUGGCUGGGUAAAAUCCAAUUGGAUAUUUCAGUUUCAUUCCCUACCCUUUUUUUUUUUUUUUUGGUGUUUUUGUUUUUGUUUUCGUUUUGUGUUUGGAAGGCAAGGAUCACAUCCCCCUCUCCCCAUUCCUUUUCUUUAGUCCCUUUUCUUAAAAGGGAGGGGGGUUACGGAUGGAUUUUGAGGAUUGGACUGGUGUCGUUUUAUCACACACCUAAAUCCUGAUACUAGGCUUUUCAUUCCCCCCGAAGCCUUUAUUUUGGCAGUUGAGCCAAAUGUGUUUUCCAGAAAGUUAGUUCAAGUAUUUUCUCCUUUGUUUCCUUCCUCCUCUUCCUUUUCCCCACCUGAUUCCAAACGUUACUGUCCAGACAUGACUGGACAGCGGCUUUUGUUUCUUGACCCUGUAAUAUGACAGUCUGCUAAUAUUGCCAGAAGGUGCAGUUUUGGGGAUACAGUUGUGAUUUUAGCUAUUAUAUUAGCAGGAAAAAAAAUGACUUGUUUCUGUUGUACUUGAGUCUUAAGAAAAAGUGCCCAUAGUUUAGUGACAAUUUCCAAAGGCUUUAGUACCACCUGUAUUUCAAAAUGGGGGACCCAAACUCCCGGAAGAAACAAGCUCUGAACAGACUACGUGCUCAGCUUAGAAAGAAAAAAGAAUCUCUAGCUGACCAGUUUGACUUCAAGAUGUAUAUUGCCUUUGUAUUCAAGGAGAAGAAGAAAAAAUCAGCACUUUUUGAAGUGUCUGAAGUUAUACCAGUCAUGACAAAUAAUUAUGAAGAAAAUAUCCUGAAAGGUGUGCGAGAUUCCAGCUAUACCUUGGAAAGUUCCAUUGAGCUUUUACAAAAGGAUGUGGUACAGCUCCAUGCUCCUCGAUACCAGUCUAUGAGAAGGGAUGUAAUUGGCUGUACUCAGGAGAUGGAUUUCAUUCUUUGGCCUCGGAAUGAUAUAGAGAAAAUUGUCUGUCUCCUGUUUUCUAGGUGGAAGGAAUCUGAUGAGCCUUUUAGGCCUGUUCAGGCCAAAUUUGAGUUUCAUCACGGUGACUAUGAAAAGCAGUUUCUGCAUGUACUGAGCCGCAAGGACAAGACUGGAAUUGUUGUCAACAAUCCUAACCAGUCAGUGUUUCUCUUCAUUGACAGACAGCACUUGCAGACUCCAAAAAACAAAGCUACAAUCUUCAAGUUAUGCAGCAUCUGCCUCUACCUGCCACAGGAACAGCUUACCCACUGGGCAGUGGGCACCAUAGAGGAUCACCUCUGUCCUUACAUGCCGGAAUAGACUGACCAGCAAAAUGGAGAAGAUCAGAGAAUGCAGCAGCAAUUUUUUUUCUUGUUUUCUUACCACUUUAUUCUUUCAGCGUUUAAGGAAAAUGGACUCAUGCACAGAACACUAUGCAUCUUGAAACUUCAUUCUGGAUUUUUUUUUUAAUCAUUUGUAUCUCAGAACUUAAACAAAUUAGAUGUCUUCUGCACGGACUGUGUGAAAGAAGAUGCUUUGCAUAUUUGCUGCACUGCAUCAGCAUCUUGCUAAAAUGUGAAUGAAAGGACUAUUGUGCACUGAAAUGCUUAACUGUGUCUGAAAGCACAAGGUGAUACUCACUUUUGAUGGUCUUCCCAUUUGUCCGGGUUUUUGCCUCUGACAUCUGUCAUCAGUAUUUAGAGGGCGAGAACCCAUGUAACAGGUAUGAAUAACAUUUGAAAAAACUUAAUAGCUUUGCUGUAGUCACCGUUGUUCCAGAGCACUGUCAGAUCCAUUCUGAUGACCAGAAGUGGUUACAAAAAACAAAAACAAACCAACCAUGGGAAAGAAAUCUUAAGUGAAAAAAGCAUCUCAUUGUAGGUAGCCUUGCCUCAUAUCUUACUGGGCCAUGUUUGUUUCCUGGUACUCAUGUAUUUUUUUCCCAGAUCUCUUUCCCUAAGUUGCUGUUAUAAAGUAUUCUGCUGAGUGUGGAUGCCGUUGUACACAUAAGCAGAUCUGGAGUCUGAAGUAGCUAAAGCACUGAGAAAUACUUUCAUAGCUGCAGAAACCAUGAUAGGUAGAGGACUUUGCUUUUGGUUUUAAAGAGAAGAGAUUUAAUUACAAAGAAAAUUCCAGUGAUUGUGCAGAAAUACUGGUUUCUACACCAUUCUAAAGAAAAAUGAGGGUUUUUGGAGUAGAAAAAGUUAUAAAAGUUGGGAUCUUAAAUUGUAAAAAAAAAAAAACAAACUAUUGAGUGUCGAAGUUCUAAAAGCAGAACUCAUUUGUGCAAUGAACAUAAGGAAAGACUACUGUAUAGUUUUUUUUUUUUCUUUUAAAUGAAGAAAGGCUUUGCUUAAGGGUUGCAUACUUUUAUUGGAGUAAAUCUGAAUGAUCCUACUCCUUUGGAGUAAAACUAAUGCUUACCAGUUUCCAAUUGUAUUUAGCUUCUGGUUGGAAUUUGAAAAAAAAUGAAAACCUAAAUAAAAUAGGUGAAAGUUC